AUGGAUAUCCCGAAGUAUAAUCCAGAAAACUUGACAGUCUUACAUGCAUACGUUGAGCAGCAGGCUCAAGAAGGUACUUACGAUGUGGAAGCAAACCUGGCUGUACUUAAACUCUACCAAUUCAAUCCUUCGUUAUUUCAAUCCAACAUUGUUAGUCUAAUACUAUUGAAAGCCUUAACCAAUCUACCAUCCAACGAUUUCUCCCUUUGUCGAUGUCUAAUGGAGGAAGACGAGCAAAUAUCGCGGAUAUUCUAUCUUGGUGAACUUCUGGAAACAUGUAACUUUAUAACUUUUUGGGAAGAGCUAGCACAAAAUAAAGACUUGAGUUCCACAGUCAACGGAUUUGAAGAAUCCAUUCGAGAUUUUAUCUGCUACGUUUUGAAUAUCACCUAUCAGACGAUUGAAGCGUCACUAGUUGCCAAAUUAUUGGGUGAUGUAAAUGAAACGGAAUUGAAUGCAAUCAUCAGUGCAAAAAACUGGCAAAGAGUCGAUAACAACAAAAUCUUUCUCAGUAAUCAAGAACUGAACUCGAAUUCAAAGAAUAUGUCCUUCAAAUUCGAGAUCGAUAUUAUAAAUCAACUGUUAUCACGUAGCCGAUUUCCAUCGAUGUUUUAG